CUUGCGCUCCUGGCCUCCGCGGAGCGGGGCCCACACGGGGGAAGCCGGCAGCAGCAAACGACCCCAAGGGGCAAGUGUCACCAGAGAAGAAGCACCACAGUCCCUACACCCGCACCCCCCUAUACCGCCCCCUCCACACACACUCCCUACACCCAUACCCCACUAUACCCUACACCCACCCUCUAUGCCCCCUAUACCCGCACCCCUUUGCACCUUCUAUACCCACACCCCUCCCCCUACCUAUUCUCCCACACCCUCCUACACCCCCUCGCCCCCGUGUAAGGUUGGGGCACGUGAGGCCCAGCGGGGCAGACCCCCGUAGCCAGGAAGCCGCGCGGCCGGCAAUCACCCGGGCAGGGGCGGGGGGCGCCUGGCCGUGGCCUGGCGAGAGCAGCCAGUGCUGCAUCUGCAGCGGCCCGGGAUGUGCCCUGCCCUGCCCGCCUCCCCCGGGCCGCAGCAGUCCCACGUGCUUCCCCGCCACAAAUCCCGGCCCCGCCGCUGCCGCGCCGUCGCAGCCCGGGUCUCUCACCGCCCCUGCGCCCUUGCCCUGCCCGCUGGGACCAUGGCGCUCGCGCUGCUGCUGCCGGCGGCGCUGCUGCUCCUGCUCCUCCUCUACCUGGGCUUCGUGCGCUGCUUCACCGCCGCCCCCAGCGCCGUCUUCCAGUGCCGGGAGCGGGUCGGGGCCGCUGGGUUCCAGCCCCCGCGGGACGCAUGGGGCCCCCGGCUCUCUGGCCAGCCCCUGCGGCUGCUUGUCCACCUGGCUAACACGGCUUUCGGGCAGUUCUGUUUAGUACCAUUUUUAAUGAGGCAGAAUAACCUGUUUCUCCUGCGCUAUCUCCACAUUUAUGAAGAUCCCACGUUUUUCCCAGUGGUGGCUGCAGAGGCUAAAAAGGACAAGCCUGAGACUAAAAGCACUGCUGAGAUUCUCGAGCAGUUGAUGGAGAUGAGGUCUCCUUCUGCCACCUCUGGAUUCAGCUUCAGGGAGAUCCUGGACUACCUCAACUCCUACCGGACCGGGGAGCUGACGCCAACACAGAUUGCAGAGAACAUUAUUUCCUUGCUGGAGGAUUGUGAAAAAUCCAGCCCCCCGCUUCGAGCAAUUGUGCAGUGGGACAAGCAGCAGAUUCAGAUGAUGGCUGAGGCCUCUACCACUCGCUACAGAAAUAAAUGUCCUCUGUCUCUUCUGGAUGGCAUCCCAGUCUGUCUGAAAGAAGAGAUUAAGGUGGUGCCUUAUCAUCAUCGAUCGGGAACAGCAUAUCUGGGGACAGAGCCUGAGACUGAGGAUGCUACGCUGACCAGGAAGCUGCGGGAGGCUGGAGCUGUCAUAAUUGGGGUCUCGAACAUGCAUGAACUGGGGACUGGAACCACUGGCUGUAAUCCCGGCAGGUUUCAUGGCACCACUCGAAACCCAUACAACCCCAACUACUUCACUGGUGGCAGCUCCAGUGGGUCAGCAGCUGCAGUAGCUGCAGGUCUUUGCCCUUUGUCUAUCGGCAGUGAUGGAGGUGGCUCUGUGAGGAUUCCUGCUUCUUUUUGUGGCGUUGUGGGGCUGAAAGGUACAUUUGGAUGUUUCAGUGCUUACGGUUCCCAUCCACUGUCCUACUCUACUGUCAGCCUCGGCCCUAUUUGUGCGUCAGUGACAGAUGCAGCCAUUGCAUACAGCAUCUUAGCGGCACCAGACCCCCUGUACCCCUAUGGAUUGCACCAGCCGAAACCAUCCCUGUCAGACGUACUCACCCCUGACCUGAAGGGCUUAAAGCUGGGAGUGGACUGGACUUUCUUUAAGGCUUGUGAUGCAGAGAUCUUGGCAGUCUGCCAGAAAGCUGUGGAGCAUCUGCAGGCCCUGGGUGCCAUGGUGGUGGAAGUGUCCCUGCUGGAGAUGGAGGAGGUGCGGGUGGCACACCUGAUCUGUAUUCUCAGCGAGAUGAGGGACUUCCUGCAGCCUGACUUCAACCACCACUUCCAGGACAUGAACCUGGAGACACGGGCCAACCUUGCCUUGGCUUCCAAAUUCACUGCUCUGGAUUACAUUAAGGCAAACCGGCAGAGGAGCCGGAACAUGCGCUUUUUGAAAGAAAUUUUUGCCACUGUGAACUGCAUCCUCACCCCAGCCACAGCCUGCACUGCCCCUAAAAUCCAUGAGACUGACCUUGAGACUGGGAACAGUGAUAUUCUAACAACUAUCCGGACCAUAAGAUACAUGCAGCUGGCCAACUUCACAGGCAUUCCAGGCCUGGUAGUUCCAGUCGGGUACACAGCUGCUGGGCUUCCCAUAAACUUCCAGGUCAUGGCAAAGUGGUGGGACGAGGCAGUUCUCCUCCGUGUGGGGCUGAAGCUGGAGCAGUUCCGAGGCGCGACCAGGAAGCCAGCCAUUUAUUAUGAUGUCUUUGCCUAACUGUAGGACCAGAAUUGGAGAGGCUUUGCUUUCCUUGGUCUGGUGUUCAUGGGAGUGGAGGAAAAAGGGUGGGGGGGGAGUUUCUGCUUUCACAAGGGAUCUGAACAAGGGGCUGCAGUAGGGUGGGAUGCAUUGUGGAACUUUCCUAUCCAAGUUCUGCUCUGGGGUAUGAGGGUACUGAACAGACAGCAGCAGGGCCCAUCCUUGUUUCUGCAGUAAAGCGAGGCUCCAGGGAUUAGGCCAAUAGGACCAACCAUUCUCUGCUUUCCUAUUCCUGCUCCUAUAUCGUACAUGUAAUUCCCCCUGAGUUCUGGGUCUCUUCACUGUGAUUGGUGUGGGAGCCCCUCUCCCAACAAGGUUUGGACACUGGGGCUGCUUCCUCCUUGGCUCAACUGAUGAAAGUCUGCCUUACCAUCUAUGCCUGUCACACUGGAAAUGAGGCUGAGGUAUCUGCAGAGGGCACAGCCUAAUGUAGGGGACAUCUAGCUCAUUCUCUCUUAGGGCCUGUUGAGAGCGUUGCUCUGUUUGAAUAGAACGAAUCCAUCUAGUGUCAAGGGCUGAAAGUGAUCACAAUACCUUUAAAAAAGCACCCCCUCUGCCCCUUGUUGGAGGACCAGCUAGGAGGAAGCUAUAUUGCUUUUGGCCUCAGACCUAGCCCUCCCUGGUGGUUAAUAGUGCAACAUAGUGUUUGAGACUGAAGAGCAUCAGCAGCAGAAGUCCCAGCUGUUAGCUCAGCUAGGUCAAACCUGGGUAAAAAAUAUUUCUUCUGGGUAGAUGUUCGAUCUGAUGUGCAUUUGCUUUAUAGAGAAGGCUCUCCCUUUGUUAUACAUACCCCCAAAAAGGAGUAAGAUGUAUUUAGGCAUGUUUUCUGUGAGAUCCUUGGUUUCUUCUGUGACUUGACACAUCAGCUUCAAUUUUAGGGGGACCAUCCACAUGCUGUAACUUAUUCACAAGGGAGGGAACUGGCCAAUAGAACUGAAGUGUGGCCCUUAGCACAGGGUGGGGGGUAUUGCAGCUAGAUGUGCAGGACUGUCAGAAACCAACAUGCAGGUACAUCUUAACUACAGCACAAUGUGAGACAGAAGCGACAGAGCAAGCCAUCUCUUUUCCCUUCCCAGCACCUGCUUCUGCCAAGGAAUUUUGCUGGGGGGAAAAUCAAGACUCCAAAAAUGGUACUAGGCUGGGAGAAGAUAUGCCAUCCUGUAUUGCUUCAAAAAAUGCAAAGUAAACUGCCUUGAAGUCUGCACUUACUGCUCCUGUUUCCAUACAGGAACUGGGCAUUAGAAAGGUCUUAAUGCCACAGGCUACAAGAAAACCUUCAGGUCUCAAGUGGCAAUGUUUUCUGCCUCACUAGAGGGGCCUGAGGCUGCUGUGUAUCUGCUUUGUAACUUGUUCUUUUCCCCGUGCCUGAGAUGCUAGGAGUGAGACCCAUGUAAGCAUGUCUUCCAUCUCUGGUUUCUGCUUGCCCCUUUAUUUCUUCUAUAACAGGAAAUUUGUACCUUUUGGUUUCAGUGUGUGAAGUGCUGUAACUUGCUCACAAGGAGGGGUACAAGGCUUAGUUCAGCCACUUUGCUAGGCUUUUUCUUGUUCUGGCAAUAAACCAAAUUUGGUGCUAUGAUUUCUGCCUGAAGAGAAUAGGGUCCAGCUUUUCAAAAGUACUUGAGCAUCAGUUUCCUAGUAUGGUAGGUGUCCAGGUUCCCUUUUUAAAAUAUGGCCCUAAGCUGUUUGGGUAUCAUGUUUGGUAACUGAUGGUGAACUUUCCCUUUUAUUAGUGUAAUUCCUGGGGUCAUAAACUUGCUCCAUUAUUACCUUGAAAGCAUUUAAAAAUACCUUGUCACAUCUACCACAGAAGCUGCCACUGGUUGAGAAUUACCAGCCUCAUGUUAACCAGAACAGGAAAGGCAGCUGGAUCUAAAUUUCUUGGAAAUACAUGUGUAUCUUAUGCUUUUCAUUUUUAAGCAGAAGCAACCCUAGGCACAGGGUUAUCCCAUAGCAUUUACACACCAUCCAACCCCAAACCCCUUCUCUGUUCCACUAUAUGUUCCUAUACAGUGUCAGUUCCUGCUCCCCUAGCAGCCAGUCAUGUUGGUUUCCACACUUUUUUUUUUUUUUUUAAGGAUGCUUCCUAGUUUUUUACUGAAAGUACCUAGGCUCAGCUAUUGGGAUCAAGCUCUAGUAAUUCUUUUGCAGAGCUGUGUUCUAAAUAUAUAUAUAUAUAAAAAAAAGCAGCACUUUGUUUCUGAUGUAGGAUUAAUAUAUAUAUAUAUAUAGGUUGCUGUGAAGAAGCCCCUUGUAAAGAGGUCACCAGCAUGUUGGUUUGUUCAGAAGGCUACUAGGAGAUAUUACUUAAGUGCAAUACUUUGGCACAAUUGCAGUUGCAUUUUCAGGUUAAAUAAAUAAUUUCUCUCUUC